GUUAAACUGCCACCGUUUAUUUCUUUUGCUGAGAAGAAUUAAUUAUCUACUGGAGCCGAAAUAUGCAUCACAUGUCUGAGAAGACAGCUCCCCCUCUGCCCCUGUCCUGUCUGCGCCUCCUGGUCCCGCCACUUCGACUGGUUUCGGCAGCUAUCUGGGAAACUGUCCAGCAGAAAGUUGUGGCCAAUUAUGGGCUACUAGAUGACUUUGUGACAGCAGUCACCAAGAUCGUCCCAGAGCUUCUGAAUCACCGACAGAGGUGUUUGCUGAGCCUUGGCCUUCGGGCUCAGCUGACACUGGAGUUGUGUCGCUCAGAGCAGACAACAGAUUUUGAGACCAUUCAGCCACACCUGGAUAUAAUCACUUCAUUAUGGAACACAGAGAUAAGCGACUCAGGGGAUCGAUCGUCUGCAUCAAAACUCCUUGGUCUUAUUCACACCCUCCUUGAAGACCAGGAGGAGAGGCAACACUUCUUCCAGGAUGUUUUCCCAGUGAGAUUUGGAGACAAGUACUCCGAAGACAUACAGAUGUUUGUGGAGAUAUUCCUCUUGCAGCUUGACAAGUUACUUGCUGUACCAAACUAUAAACAGGUUGCCUGUAUGCUCAGCGAUGUGCCUUCAGUUCUGUCCGAGUGUGUGAAGUCUUUCUGUCAAUCUCAGGAACUUAAAUGUCUUCUGGAAUACCAAAAAGAUAUAAGUCAACUAAAUGAAAAUGAUAAUCAAACUGUGGGUGCCAGCAUUUGUUCAGCUCUCUGUCUUCCACAUUUGACAGCCACCUUUACAGAACAUCAAGAGACACCGCUUGAAGCAAAUGUGCUAAGUGAUUACAUGUAUGCAUUUAACAAAGAACUGACAGUGGAGACUGCUACACUGAGAAAAAGGGCAAAUGAUUUUAAGAUGGAGAGUGAAGAAUCAAAGAGCAGCGAGACAGAAGCCAAAGGUUUGGAGAAUCAGUUGGUCAACUGUGAAGAAGUAGAGGAUGAGAUCUCAUACUCUGUUCAAUGUGUUGAGAAUGGGGAUAAGAUGGGUGUAGACUCUUGUGCCAUGGAGGUCCAAGUUGGUUAUAAUGUUGAAAUUCUUGCUGAUGAGUCUGUUACCACAGAGAAUAAGCCGUCUGUUGAAAAGUCUGUGAUGGAUAUCAGAGAGGACGAAAAAGUCCCGGAAUUAGUCAGAACCAAAGGUGACAGUGAGUUCAGUGUCAUGAGCCCUAUUAAGACCAAAAGCCACAUGGAAGAAGAAAGCAAAGCAGUCAGUUCCAGCACAAUAAUUUCUGAACAAGUGCAAAACAACAGCAUUUCUAAUGUAGUGCUUUCACCUGUACUGGUUGCACCUGUUGUAAUUGCAUUCCAGAGACCAGUCAGACAACACCAAGGUCUGAAGGUAAAACUUUCGGGAACAUCCAAAAAUGAGCAGUCAAACAGUGAUCCUCAAGUUCCAUCAACCAGCAAGACUUGUCCCACAUGUGGUAAGACAUACAGUCGUGCGUCCGAUAUGAGACGCCAUCAGAGGACCCACACAGGAGAGCGGCCUUUCCAAUGUUUGCGGUGUAAGAAAUGCUUUCAAUUCCAGUACGACCUGAAGAGACAUGAGUUAAAUGUGUGUCGAAUCAUUGUGCCACAGCUUCAGAGCUGGUCCUCUGAGGUAUAUGAAGACACUCAAAACCCACAGCAGGGAGGAGUUUAUAACCAACUCCGGACUCUACCUUCAGAUGUUAGGACUCAAGAAAUGGAAUGUCUGGUAGAUCAGAAACAAGUAGAAGCUUCUUCUGAAAAGGGAGUGCCUCUUCCCACCCAGCAAGAUCGUCAACGAUUCAGCAGUAAAGUUCAGUUAGGAGAUAUAAAGGAACAGUGCCAGGAAUCUCAUCAGGAUAAUCAGAGGGGAAAGGAAUCAAAGGGUUUCAAGUCGAAAAAUAAACACAAACCCGCCGAUACUUCCCUGUGUUGUGUGGAAUGCAACAAGUCAUUCCCAGACGCAGCAAGACUAAAAACGCAUAAUCUGAGACACAAGCCUUGUUCGUGCACCAUGUGUGGUGAGAUUUUCAAAGGUUUCGUAAACCUCAACCACCAUUAUGUCGAAGUGCAUAAUUUCAGAGGACCUUUUCCCUGCACUUUGUGUGAACGAACUUACACAGACUUGAGAGGUCUGGUCAGGCACGAGAGGUUCCACACAGGCGAGCUCCCUUUCAAAUGCUCCAAGUGUCCGAAAGCGUUUAGUUAUGCAUCUGCUCUAACACUACACGACCGAACUCACACAAAAGAGGCUCCGUUCCUCUGCUGGGACUGUGGGAAAGGCUGCAAGUCCAACGCUGCUCUGAGAAUCCACAGGCUGUGUUGUCACAGCAGCACCAAGGAGAAGCGCUUCUGCUGCGAGCACUGCGGACAAGCUUACGCGCUUAAAAGAAGCCUGGACCUCCAUGUGGCUAAACUACAUACUGGUGUGCGCUACCCAUGCUCCCACUGCGGCAAACUGUUUCGAAGUGCGAGUUCAUUGACAAGACACGAUCUGACCCACACAGAGGAAAGGCCCUACUCAUGCAUCGAGUGCGGCAACAGUUUCAGAUCGUCAUCAGAGCUGAAGAUACACACUCGCUAUCACACCGGGGAAAGGCCAUUUAAGUGUCAAGAAUGUGGCAAAGGGUUUGUGCAGUCGUAUUACCUUACUGCACACAUGAGGAUGCACACAGGGGAAAAGCCGUAUAAAUGUCUGACAUGUGACAAAUGUUUUAAAAGCACAAGUAUUUUGAAGAGACAUCAAAUGACCCAUACAGGAGAGAAGCCCCAUAAAUGUUCAGCCUGUGAAAUGUCCUUUAGUCGGACGGAGCUUCUAAAAGCUCAUGUGAGGAAAUUUCAUUAA